AUGGCUUCCUUCUUUGCAUUUGUUUUGGAAGUAGUUGUUGUAUGGGUUUCUUUCAUCCCUGCAACUAUAGGAGUGGCAUCUGAAUCAUCAUCAUAUGCAGCCAAGGCUCUGCUCAAUUGGAAAGCCAGUGGCACGAACUUUCCCAGUUCCUGGAAUGCAACUGAUACAAGUCCAUGUAAGUGGGAGGGCAUGACUUGCAAUGCAGCUGGAAGAGUAACAGAGAUAAAGCUACCUUCUUACUCCAUACAUGCUGAGCUCCACAAAUUGAAUUUCUCUUCUUUCCAAGAUCUAGUCUAUCUCGAUCUCGGUACAAAUGAAUUGUCAGGAACCAUCCCAGACACCAUUGGUAUGCUUUCCAAACUCACCCAUCUUGAUCUGUCUUCGAACAGUCUUUCGGGAAAUUUGCCUUCUUCACUAGCUAAUCUUACCAGAUUGUUUAUGUUGGAUGUUUCCAAAAAUGAACUAAGUGGUGAAAUUGAUGAAUAUCUAUUCACCAACUGGACUAACCUCUCUACCAUUAAUUUUCACAACAAUUCUCUCCAAGGGAAAAUCCCUCCUUCCAUAGGUAAGUUGAGCAACCUCAACAUUCUCUGCUUCUCUAUCAAUAGUAUCAAUGGCUCAAUACCUCAAGAGGUAGGAAACCUCGAAAAUCUCAACCAGCUGGACCUAUUAAGUAACAUGAUUUCAGGUUCAAUACCUACACAGAUUGGGAAUUUGAGAAAUCUUAAUAGGUUGGAGCUAGGAAGUAACAGGCUUUCAGGUUCAAUACCAAUACAGAUGGGGAAUUUGAGAAAUGUAAGUAAGCUGGACCUAAGCCAUAACAAUCUUUCAGGUUCUGUACCAGAUGAAAUGGGGAAUAUAGACAAACUGAACCAGCUAGACCUAAGCAACAACAUGCUAAAUGGUUCAAUACCUGCAGCAUUGGGAAAUCUUCAGAAUCUCAAUGCAUUGGAUAUGAGUAAGAAUAUGUUAACUGGUUCAAUCCCUAGAGAAAUUGCAGAUUUAGAUCAGCUGGUGUUACUUAAUCUCAGCCACAACAAGCUACAAGGUUCAAUACCGGCAAAGUUGGGGAAAGUUAAUGUUUCUUACAUGGCUUUGGACUUGUCUUACAAUAAUUUAGAGUUUCCUGUUCUGGUUAGCAAUGCUUCUUGUAGUGUUCAUUGUGAGCCCCCAUCUAAAAGCAGAGAGAAAAGCUUUAAAAUCAAGAUCUCAAUUAUUCUCUCUCUUUCUAUCACCAUAUUUGUUGCACUUGUAAUUUUUUCUGUCCAUUUCCUCUUGAGGAAAAAGUUGAGAAAUUUCCGAACGGAAACAAGACAAGAGAAAAAUGGAGAUUUAUUUUCCAUAUGGAACUACGAUGGGGUGAUUGCGUAUAGUGACAUCAUGGAAGCUACAGAAGAAUUUGACAUCAAAUAUUGCAUUGGCACAGGAGGUUAUGGGAGUGUUUACAUGGCAAAGUUACCUACUGGUAAAGUAGUAGCUGUGAAAAAGCUUCAUCGCCGAGAAGCUGAAGAGAAAGCCAAAGAGAAGAGCUUCAGAAAUGAGAUAGACGCAUUGACAAGAAUUCGGCAUCGGAACAUUGUGAAACUUUAUGGGUUUUGCUCCCAUUCAAGCUGCAAAUUUCUAGUUUAUGAAUACAUAGAAAGGGGAAGCUUAAAUUAUGUUCUUGGAAAUGAAGCAGAAGCUGUGGAACUGGAUUGGAGGAAACGUCUAAAUGUCAUCAAAGGGGUUGCACAAGCUUUGUCUUACAUGCAUCAUGACAACACGCCACCAUUAAUUCAUCGAGACAUAUCAAGCAAUAAUGUUUUGUUGGAUGCAGAUCUUGAGCCUCAUGUCUCCGACUUUGGAACUGCUAAAUUUCUAAAUCCUGAUUCAUCCAACCGCACUAUGCUUGCAGGCACGUAUGGAUAUAUUGCUCCAGAGCUUGCUUAUACAAUGGUUGUGACAGAAAAAAGUGAUGUUUAUAGCUUUGGGGUACUGGCACUAGAGACAAUUAUGGGAAGGCAUCCUGGUGAAUUCAUCUCUUCAUUAUCAUUGCAUAAUGAAAAAGAUAAAGUACUAAAGGAUGUGUUGGACCAACGUCUCCCGCCACCAUCACAAUCUGUGGAACAAGAGCUGCUUUUCUCAAUUAUGCUUGUAAUUGAAUGCUUGCACACUGAUCCAAGGUCUCGUCCAACUAUGCAAUACGUCUCUCAAAAACUAGGACGUUCUAUGAACCCUCAUUUGAACUCUUCUGCAAAAAUUCAUUGUGGCAAGGAAAUCUCGGAAUAAAACAAAUUCCAUAUGGUUUUUGUUACGGACUCAGAAGUUACGUAUGCAUCACAGUGGGCAUGGGACGGUUGCAUGGUUACAUAAAUGGGUAUAUUAGGUAAAUAAAGCUUGGGAAGUUAUGACUUGUAGUGGGUUUAGCUAUUGUUGGGGAAGUUACGUGUUGUAAUGGCUGGUUUCAUUAAAUAUUGAGUAUGUGAUAAUUGUUUAAUAGAAGGAUAAUAGAAGUUAGGAAUUGUGUAGCACUUCAAGGUCAGUUGUUAAGAGUCAUGGACAGUCUUUAGUUGUUGUAUUCCUACUUAAUCUAUUGCAAUAUGAGAAGACGCACAAUAAGCAUUAUUAGUUUAUCAUC